CGGAGGAGGUGCCGCGCGCCGCCGGUCCUGGGCGCGGGCUUCCCGGCCUAGGCCCCGUCCUCGGCGUCAUCGUGGCCUCCCAAACAGCGCCACUUCGACGACAUGUUCGGCGUCUGGGUCCGGGACACGUCCCUAUUCCUCGCCAUCACUGUUAUUGGGAUCACUGUGCUCCUGUUGGCCCUGAAGAACAAGAACGUAAAGAAGAGACAUCGUAUCACCUUACAGCACCCUGAAGCCAAGUUCCUGCUGCCCUUGACUGAGAAAGAGCAAAUCAGCUACAACACUCGGAGGUUCCGCUUUGGACUGCCCUCGCCGGACCAUGCCUUCGGGCUUCCUGUAGGUAACUAUGUUAAUCUCUUGGCCAAAAUUGAUGGUGUUUUGGUGGUCAGGGCUUACACGCCUGUGUCCAGUGAUGAGGAUCUAGGCUUUGUGGACUUAAUUAUGAAGAUCUACUUCUAAAAUGUACACCCUAAUCAUCCAGAAGCGGGGAAGAUGACUCAGUACUUGGAGAACAUGAAAAUUGGGGACACCAUCCUUUUUCAAGGGCCAUCCGGGCGCCUGUUCUAUCAUGGGUCAGGUACUGGGGGGUUCACACUGGGCCUCCAGCUAGGAGGAAGAAGAUGCCUAUGGUUGUUCCAUUGUUCUAGAAAGUUCCUCAGAUUUGAGUCACAUGGACUUGUCCUUGAAGUCUUCAUACAUGCAUUCACACACCCACUUUAUGAGAUUAUAAGCUUCAUGAAGGUAAGGGAAAGAAAAGUAUCCUCUGUGUUUUCACGGAAGUUUGCGUUCAAACCGUACAAAACAAGUGAGCUUGAAAAUAAACUGGUCCAUCACCUGGGAAUGAUUGCUGGGGGCACAGGGAUUACGCCCAUGCUGCAGCUCAUCUGCUGCAUCACCAGGAAGCCCAGUGACAAGACCAGGAGGUCCCUCGUCUGUGCCAACCAGACAGAGGAGGAGAUCUUGGUGAGCAAGGAGCUUGAAGAAGUUGCCAGAACUCACCCAAAGCAGUUCAACCUGUGGUACACCCUGGACAGGCCUCCUGUUGGCUGGAAGUACAGCUCAGGCUUCAUUACUGAGGACACGAUCAAGGAACAUCUCCCUCCUCCUGGGAGGUUCUUGUUCAUCCUGGCGUGUGGCCCACCACCCCUGAUCCAGAGAGCCGCGCACCCUAACUUGGAGAAACUGGGUUACACCAAGGACAUGAUUUUCACCUACUAAUGCCUCCCUUGCUCUUAGCAAAUUUGCCUGGUCCCGUUCAUGUUUCACAGUGAGCUCAGCUUCACCGUGUUAUACUGGGAAGUGUUCAAAGUCCCUCGUAAUGCAUCCUUGCGUACGCUGGCACUCCUUCCUCUCUUUUGGUGUGGGGCUAAGAAAAAGGCUCAGGAGACUGAAGAUAAAGUAGCUUCUGAGGCCUCCUUGCUUGAAGAGGCUUGAAGGAAUUCCAUUUCAGUAUCUUUUUCCAUAGUUUAGUGAAAUAAAAUUCAGUG